AUGCUAAGAAGGUAUAUCACAAGAUCACAAGGUUGGAGGAAACAAGCAAGCAAGGAGCCAGUUCAUUUGAAUAUUGAUAGCUCAUCUGAUUCUUAUGAGUCUGCAGAGGACAGUUUAUACAAGCCACACAUGCCACUUGACUCUGUGGACUCAAGCAGUGACAACAAUGAUGAUGUUGGUCCUACCAGCGAUAGGAGAAAAAGGAAGACUGGCAGUGACAAUGACAAAGGCAAGAAAAAGGUUAUUAAUGAUGAAGAUACUUCUCGUCCCCCUUCAAUGGAUGCAUCUGAUUAUGAGAAGGAGGUAGAUGAUGAUGAGAAAGAAGAAAACUUGCAAUUGUCUUUUUCUGAUGAUAGCUGGAAAUCUGAUGAACUGAAGACUCCACCAGACUUUGAGGAUGAAGUAGACCCAGCUGUGAAUCUCAUCUUCAAUGAUACUGCCAAGUUUGGACAUGUGAGAUUAGAGCUAGGUAUGGAGUUUACCACUAGGGAUGUUUUUAAGAAAGGGGUUAGAAAUUAUACAUUACAAGAGGGUAGGGGUGUAAGGUACAAGAAAAAUGAUACUACUAGAUGUAGGGUGGUAUGCAAGAAUGAAGAUUGUCCCUGGAUGGUGUUUUGUUCUUAUAGCAAACCGAAUGGAUGUUGGCGGAUUAAGACCUUUAAUGAUGAUCAUACAUGUGAGAGAACUUUCAAGAAUAGAUGUGCAACUAGGUCUUGGGUAACUGAUGUACUUGUUAAGAAGGUUAGGAAGCUCCCAACAUUUAGACACUGUGAGGUUUUUAAUUACUUUAAAGCAAAAACUAGAAUACAACUGUCUAGGACUACAAUUACAAGAGCUUUGGGUGAUGCAAGAAAAAUAGUAAGGGGUGAUGAAGCUGCAGAAUAUGCUAAACUCAGAGAUUAUGCAGAGGAGCUAUUGAGAUCUAAUCCGGUUUCAACUGUCAAGUUGGGUGUUAGUCCAAUGCCUAAUGGAGAAGGUGUAUUUGAAAGGUUUUAUGUCUGUUUGCAUGGAUGCAAGAAAGGUUUUGUGGGUGGCUGUAGACCCUUGAUAGGACUUGAUGGGGCUUUUUUGAAGACCUAUUAUGGAGGAUGGCUGCUGUGUGCCAUGGGUCAGAACGCGAAUAAUCAUGUGUACCCAAUUGCAUGGUUCUUGGAGCUCUUGCAUGAAGACAUUGGAGAUCAGACAGAGCAUGGUUGGUGCUUCAUCUCUGACAUGCAGAAGGGUUUAAUUCCAGCAUUGCGUGAGGAAUUCAACGGACAUAUACAGUCUAUAAAGAGGGUGAAUGAGAAGGCGUGGGCAUAUUUAGACAAGUUUCCUAGGCAGGCAUGGACCAGGGCUCACUACAAGGACUUUCCAAAGGUUGACAAUGUCUACAACAACAUGUGUGAGGUGUUCAACGCUGCCACCAAACCAUACAGAUGCAAGCCCGUCUUGACUUUACUGGAGGAGGUUAGGAGGUAUGCCAUAACUAGAAUGGCAAUGAACAAACUGAAACUCUCUAGCCAUGUGGGACACUUACCUCCGAUUCAACAAAGUAGACUUGCAAAGGAAAGGCAUUACAGCAGGUAUCAUACACCAAUGUGGUCUGGAGAUGCGGCUGAAGUCAUGUUUGAAGUGCAUGGUGAACCACAUAAUGUGGUGGUUGAUUUGGGAAACCAAACAUGUAGCUGUAGGUCUUGGCAGUUAUCGGGGUUACCUUGUCGUCAUGCAAUAGCUGCAAUUUCAGUCAUGAAUGGUAGACCCGAGAAUUAUGUCCAUGCAUGGCUAACAAUGGGCUCAUACAACAAGACUUAUGAAUACCAUAUCAACCCGGUAAGAGGCCAACAGUUGUGGAAAACAUCAGAAUACCUCCAUUGUUUACCACCUGUAAGGAGCAAACCUCGUGGUAGGCCAUCACAUUAUGCGAGAAAAAAAGAUGCACAUGAGGCACCUUUUCGGGGGAGCCAAGAGCGCACUGCAACAAAAUUGAAGAGAAAAUAUGGCAAAUUCACCUGCGGGACAUGUGGAGAUGUUGGUCACAUAACAAGGAAUUGUAGAAUAGAAAAGAAACAAAAGGCUGAUGAGCUAGCAGCUGCUACAAAGGCUGCUGAAGAUAGUGCAAAUAAGGGUGACACUGGUUCUAAAGGUAACGAAGGUGAGGUUGUUACUGAAGAAUGUGAGGUUGGUGCUGAAGGAGGACAAGAACCUGCAACUCAGGCUGCAAAGACUAUAAAGAAUGCCAAGAAAGGACAUCUGAGAACUAAAAGUGAGAGACACAUAGACAAACUCCCUGUCAAGAGGACAACUUCAUCCACUGCUGCUACUAUUGCGGCUGCUCUACAUCCAACUGAGAUUUCAAGAGAGACUAUUCAAGGAGCUAGUGCAGCAACCUCUGAAAAACUGGCCUCUUGA